AUGUUCUCAAAUACACGACUCCUCCUGUCAGCACUCGCUGUGACAACAUUACUUGCGACAUCAUCCGCCGUCGCCAUCGAAGCUCGACAAGGCCCCGGCCCCGUCAACGAAUGGAUCACCGUCGAUGAGGAAGGUCAACCGAAAACCAUCACACCAUCAGUCGUCACCAGCAAUGGCGCUCGCACCACCCUCAGCCCGCCGCCGUACUCGCUUACCGGCAGCGUGUUCACCGUCACCGCGACCAACGGCGCUCUCACAACAAGCACCGGCGUGCCUCCGCCGCCGCAAGCCAGCAACACGUUAGGAUUUGGAGGAGUAUUUUCCGUAUGCAACAACAACCCUGGCACCGACGCUCCCUUCUGCCAGCCGCGACGUGGUAGUACUCUGCACGUGGAGACAACGUACUACAUCACCUGGGACACUACCUUCUUCGAGGACCCAAACACGCCAAUUGGAAUCGUCGGGUAUGAUGUCAGUAACACCGGAAAUAUGGAUGCGGCACCCGCAUUCUCCGUAACAAAUAUCCGCGGCGGCGAUGGAUGGGCGUACUGGACCCCACGCGUCGGCGAUCUCGAAGAGAAAGACUCGAAUAACAUGACCCUCAUCCUCAUGUACAACGACCCCAUCACAGACGAGCAGCAAAACGUCACCGGUCCCGUCUUCACCAUCCGCCCAGCACUCGACAUCGACGGCAGCUCCAGCUCAAGUCCGAACCUUGUCGCCAUCAUACUCCCCGUCAUCCUCAUCACCCUAGCCAUCGUCGGCGUAAUGCUCUGGCUAUGCUUCCGCCGACGCCGCCGUCACGCGGCCGCCGCUGCCGCAGCAGCAGCAAAAUACCACGAAACCGUCGCCGGUCCGCCAAGAAGCCGCGGACUGAAGAACGACGCGAAUAUCCAACUCGAACCAACGAGUCCACCGCCCCACUCGCCCGGGCGGAAUGUUUUCCAGGAGGAGGUGCGUAGGCAGGAACGGGAACGAACUUAA